UCUCGAAGAUUUUUAGCCAAACCUGAAGGUGGAAUCCGCCCACUGGGAAUGAGCUUUUUUUUUAAGUUUUGUGUUAAGGCACAGCGAUCAGGAUUUGUCCCGAAUACAGACGGACAUCAUGCAUAUUGCGCGUUUGAAGUCUACUGACGCCCAAAGGCCAGCAUAAUUAAUUCAGUCGCCGGCUUUAGUCAAAAUGCACCUUGUCUCUGUUAGAACGGACGUGCUUGUUAUGCGGCGAUUUACAACCACGCCUCAUCAAUAUUACAAUAAGAUGCACACAACCAGUCUUUACAGUCCACUUCACCCCCAAUGCGUGUGACCCUGGGACGCGUAUAUCUGCCUUUAUUUUUUGUUUUAUUAAUUUUGAAAGAAUACGAAAUUCUAAAUUCAAGCCCACAAAUUCCAGAUAUCGCCAAAUUCAUGAAAGUCCAUUCAACCAAUUUAGUAGGGUCUGCUAUUCAACCGUGCAUCGUUCAUUUCACAGAGUUUCGUCUUGCUACUAGCUGGGUUUCGUAAAUGUGCUGAACCAUGGCUAAACAUUGCGUCCGUUCCUGUCAGCCUUUUACAUGCAAAACGACUGGUGUGUCCUUUUCAUGGAAUUAUGAGCAUCCAAAACGCAAGUGUUGAACAGCCUGCUGAAAGUACAACAUUUUGGAAAUUUCACUUCGACUGGCGUGGCCACGUCAUCGUGAGCCUCGAUGCAUGAUCAGUGCAAUGGACCGUGCUCGUGCCUUCGCCUUGUAUAGGUACAUGUACUGUAGUCUCAAGUACCAGCAGAGCGUGGUGCUGUUACUUCCGUGUGUAUUUAUUGGACAACCUGUGGUGGCAGAGAGAACGUAGCGAGCUAGCUGUGCAGUCAGCUCACCCGCUGCAUGCUCUAUAUGCGCAACACGUAGUUGGUACGGUUGCUUUGCUCUGUGCACUAUUUGCUGGGCUAGGGUCAUGACAGCAACACUGACUCGAGUGGGUUCGCUGCCUGGUUAUUCCGAGGGCCUCCCUGCUCCCACCGCGCAGAAUCCGUGCCUGUGGGUGCUCCUGAAGGCCAUGCACAUUGUGUUUGCUCUAUAUUGUGAACAUGUCGUGUUCCUGAAUCUCCAUGUACACUUCCUUCAGCCGUAACCAGUGCGUAUGUUGCUAAUGAAGUCGUGGACACACGCCAUCGAGCAAGUCAAGUGGUGAGAGGUUGACUGUGUGACCACCUGAGCGUCGAUGGGCAAAGGAUCAAAAAUCUUUGUUGUGGGUGCUCUGCAACAACAUAUGGCGUGAGUUAUGAUGUAAUACCCCUAAGCUGUCCCAACAAUAAAGCUCGUCGUGAAAGUGUCUGCCGGUGAAUCGACCUCGUCAAUGCCUCUGCUAAGCUGUGAAGAUUUCGAUUCUCUUUUAAGGUGGGAAAGCUCAGUCGAAAUCGCAGGGGAGAUCACAUGCACCGGGGUUGUUGCACUCAUAGUGCGUCUGAGUUGAGGUGGAUUCAAGGACGCAACAUAUAACGUAAUGGGUACCACGGAGUGCCAAAUGCUUACGACCACCGCUAAGGUGCUUGUCCCUCUCUUUAUGUACGUGUACGCAGUCACAAGACCGAUGAUUGCCACCGCCCAAAAUGGAUCCCCACCUCCACCGCGUGCCAACACGGAAGUUACAAUUACAAUGGCCGUGCUCCUGCCGGAUUGGCCUCUGGUGACCACAGACCUGCAGUACCCUUACUACAAGCAGAUGUUGACACCGGGUCUUGACAUGGCUCUGGAGAAGUACGACCAGAUCGUGCCAGGGGUUCUCAAUGUCUCCGUUAUUCACACCAACUCCCAGUGCGACAGCGGUGUUACUCAAAUAUCCACCGUGGACUUGAGAUACCAGUAUCUAACCGAUGUGUUUAUCGGUCCAGUUUGUGAGUACGCCAUGGCACCCACCGGUCGAUUUUCAGCCCAUUGGAGUGUGCCCAUAUUGACUGUUGGGGGCCAGGCCCUUGGGUAUGAUAACAAGCUGGAAUAUAAAACCUUAACCCGUUUGUCGGGACCAUUUUCCAAAAUGGCAAGGUACAUACGGGAUUACUUUACUUAUCAAAAUUGGAACCACACAGCAUUCAUGUAUGAAGAUUCAGACACGAAUUACAGGGAUUGCCAAUUUGGAGCCGGGGCAGCAUAUUUUGGUCUUGCUGAGAAUGGUUUUCGCACCCCGGAGGCGGUCAGCUUUAAGGAAGAAGAGAUCGAAGACCCGUCAAAUAUAAACAAGUUGCUUCGGGACUACGUUAUGCCAAAUGCAAGAAUUGUGGUAAUGUGUGCAUCAGGAGACUCCAUCCGCAAAAUCAUGUUGGCCGCCCACGAGCUGGGCAUGACGAACGGGGAGUACGCUUUCUUCAACAUCUUCCUCUUCGACAGCAAUUACUUCGGGGACGUCACCUGGAAGAGAGGCGACAAGGACGACGAGGCAGCCAAGCAGGCCUACCGCUCCCUCAUGACAUUCACCCUGCGCAAGCCGGAAACUCCCAAGUUCGAGGCGUUCGCUGCCGAGGUGAAGGAGCGUGCGCUGAGGGAUUACAACUUCAGCUUCGAUGCAGUUGGAGAGGAGGUCAACACCUUCGUUGGGGCUUUCCACGACGCUGUCAUCCUGUAUGCCUUGGCUCUCAAUGAGACCCUGGAAGAAGGGGGCAACCCCCGCGACGGAAAGACACUUACUCACCGGAUGUGGAAUAGAACCUUCGAAGGAAUUAUGGGCAACGUGACUAUAGAUAGCAAUGGGGACAGAGAGGCCGAUUAUUCGCUCCUUGAGAUGACCGACAUCGAAAAUGGCAUCUUUACGGUUGCUGGUCAUUAUGACGGCGUAGCUAAAAAAUACACACCCGUGCCGGGCGUAGUCAUCGACUGGCCCGGUAAAACUCCGCCCAAAGAUGUACCAGACUGCGGCUUCAAGGGGGAAUUCUGUAUCGAAGAGGAUGACACUGGUUUCACAGUCAUGAUAAUGAUGAUAUCCAUGGUAGUCGUCAUCAUUGUAGCCGCUAUAAUCAUCAUCUAUGUUGUCAGAAAGUACAGACUUGAAAUGGAGUUGGCCAACAUGGUGUGGAAGAUCAAGUGGGAAGACAUCACUUUCAACAACAAGAUGGACAAACAGCGCAAACUCACCGGCAGCAGAGUCAGUCUGGCUUCGGGCGAGUCUGGACAAAGCGUAUGGGGAGGCAACCAGCAAAUAUUUACGGUUACAGGUUACUACAAGGGAAACAUCAUAGCCAUCAAGAAGGUCAAUAGACUCCGAGUGGAGCUCACACGAAACGUUUUGAUUGACUUCAAGCAUAUGCGGGACAUCUCGCACGAUCACGUGACGAAAUUUAUCGGGGCCUGCAUUGACCCACCAAACAUCAGCGUGAUGACGGAGUACUGUCCCAAGGGCAGUUUGCAGGAUAUUUUGGAAAAUGACUCCAUCGAAUUGGAUGAAAUGUUCAAGUAUUCGCUGUUGUAUGACAUAGUCAAGGGCAUGUAUUAUCUUCACAAUAGUGUGAUUCAAACCCAUGGAAACCUCAAGUCCUCGAAUUGCGUCGUUGACAAUCGCUUUGUGGUCAAGAUCACCGAUUUUGGGCUGCAUUCCUUCCGGGAACCCGACCACGCCUUUGAGCCUGAUGAGGAUGAUUCCUUCCAGUAUUAUCAGAAGAGGUUAUGGUCUGCACCGGAGCUGCUCCGUCUGCCCGAAAUGCCCCUAGGGGGUACCCAAAAGGCCGACGUGUACAGCUUUGGUAUUAUCGUGCAAGAGGUCAUCUACAGAGAAAGCGUCUUCUAUGUGGCCAACGUGGACCUAUCCCCCAAAGAAAUCAUACACAAGGUCAAGCAGGGAAACAAGCCGACAUUCCGGCCGACCUUGGACCGCUCCACCUGCCCGGACGAGAUCUGCAGUUUGUGCAACCGCUGCUGGGCAGAGGAGCCCACCGACAGACCGGACUUCAGCCAGCUCAGAAUCAUCAUGAGAAAGCUGAACAAGCAAAAUGAAGGUCGCAGCCUGGUGGACAAUCUUCUGUCUCGCAUGGAGCAGUAUGCCACUAACCUGGAGGCGUUGGUGCUGGAGCGGACCGAGGCAUUUUACGAAGAGAAGCGGAAAGCAGAGGAGCUGCUGUAUCAGAUCCUACCCAGGCCGGUGGCUGAAGAGUUGAAGAAGGGCAAGCCAGUAACAGCCGAGUCCUUCGAGUGUGUCACUAUCUACUUCAGUGACAUCGUGGGCUUCACAAGUCUCUCCUCAGAAAGCACCCCACUCCAGGUCGUGGAUUUACUGAAUGACCUCUACACCUGCUUCGAUUCCAUCGUCAACAACUAUGACGUGUACAAGGUAGAGACAAUAGGCGACGCUUAUAUGGUGGCAUCGGGCCUACCCGUGCGUAAUGGCGACUUUCACGCCCGUGAGGUGGCUAGAAUGUCCUUGGCGUUGUUGAGUGCCAUCAAAACCUUCAAGAUCAGGCAUAAGCCGGACAGGACACUGAUGCUUCGAAUCGGCCUACACUCAGGCCCAGUGGUAGCGGGCGUUGUGGGACUGAAGAUGCCACGCUACUGCCUGUUUGGAGACACUGUCAACACGGCGUCCAGAAUGGAAUCCAAUGGCGAAGCCAUGAAAAUUCACAUCAGCAGUUCGAUCAAGAAGAUCCUCGACCUAUUCGGCACGUUUGUGAUCGAGCUCCGGGGAGAAGUUGAAAUGAAGGGGAAGGGGAAACAGACGACAUACUGGUUGCUAGGCGAGCUCAAGGAUAAGAACGGGCUCUGCGAUUUCAAGUACCAGGAGAUACCCGUGUAGAGUUGGACGAGUGCGGCGCUAGUGGUGCCCGGCGAUGUACAGAUGGGAACUUAAAAAUUCCAAAUGCAUUGUAUGCCUUCCCUUGAGAUUUGUUUUUUUCACGAGCACCUCAUCAACAACCAGGACAGACAGACCAAUCUACCGACUGACGAACGGACGAUUUUGACUGACUAUAAGGACAAAAAGAAAGGAAAGGAAGAAGGUGUUUUUCCCCACUUGUCUUUACUGACGAGGAGCAACGACAGACAACCUCAACCCAAACCUCAAUCAGACUGAUGAACCAUAUCUGGAUAACGAGAGCGUUGUAAAGCGUUCGCAACAAGUGAGACAUGGCACCACUUGCCUGACGACACGACAGAAUCGAACGGCCAGACAUUAAUGACUGAGAGUUAAUUCUUAGAAAACUGACGGACAGAGAAGAGAUUCGAAAUAGACUAGAGACAAGACCAACUUCGGGGCUUCCUAUUAGCAGUCAGAUGGCGCAUGACGCUGAGCACGUGACCUUCACAGACAUGACGCCUGGACGGAGAACCAGAAACGACGACGAACGGGCGACAUGCUGACCGCCAAUGUACCAAUGACUGACAUUAUUCGCCAUCAGUCACAUGGAUGAAUUUACCAACACAGUGUACGGAAUUGUGGCCGCCUGAAAUCUCCCCCCCCCCACAAAAAAUCUUAUAUGUAACAACAGACAAUUGACUAAUUAAACUGACCGCUCAAAUGAGAACUGAAGACUGACGAACAAGCAAAAUGAAUAUUGAAAAUAACCGCGACUGUUAACGGCUAUCGUAGCACUUGGUUGAAAUCGAUGUGUCGAACUUGUAUCGGUUUAUAGAUAUCGGUUGCCGACUGAUAAGCAGCAAGCGGAAAAGGAGUCAUUUUUUUCAGAUACUGGUUCAGUUCUCAAAAAGUUCAAAGUGACCGCGUUGUGGCAUUUUUGUAGUGCUUGUAGAUCGUUUAAUUCCGAGGAUAGAAAUCGUCCGCGCAGGGAAAGGAGGAAGUCGGCAAUCUGUGUUAUACAGAGCCCUUCUUCCGACUGCGUGAGCUUUAUAUUUAGCAGGAGUUAAUUCCUCGGUGGAAACAUAAUUUAUAAUGGGUAUCAUUGUCCUAGUGUUGAUCAGGAACACCCAAGCCAAUCUGUUUCCUGGAUAUCGGUGUAUAUAUGUAGAACCGGGCCAAAGACCUUCGUCUAUAUACAUGUACAUGUAUUUCUUCUCGCAGAAAUUCAACUCCGUUAAUUUAGAUGGCUGUACAUAAAAUGCGCUUUAUGACUAUGGCUGGACUUUAACUACAUUUUAAAAUCUUUCAAAGUUAAAAGAGAGAAUCGUUGGAGUUCCCCGAUCAACACCGUUAGGCUUGUUUUAAACAGAUGAAAGCUGACAUUGUGUAUUUUACUUGUAUUUUUAAUAUCAAGAAUUUUCUGACGUCACGAAAAAAAAUUAUUUCUAUAUAUUAUAUAUAUUAUAUGCGAACCAAUUUUUCCGCUCGAAUUUUCCCCGAAUCUUCCAUUACUUCUUCAAAUAUGAUGACAAAAUCUGCUCGAACAGUGGUUGGAUGUUUUGUUUAGCGACAGUUGUAUUUGUCCUGGCGUCGAGUUUCAGCUGUGGGACCAACAAUUUGUAGGUGGGAGUACCGGUUGAGAUCGUUAUAACAACUUUCAGUUACAAUUACUGAUUGUAAAAUGAUGUGGCGUUGGGUCUUAUAUUCACAAAGGAGACAAACGGCUAUCUUGUGAUACAGAUGAAUCGUGGAUGAAAAAAAAACACUUUUUUUAAAUUCUGGGUCGUAUAUACUUAAAAUGAUUGGGGAUUUUGUUCCAUCCCACAAUUAAAUCUUGUUUCCUGAGCGCUGUUUUUAACUGUAAGCAACAAAAGUGUUUAAGGAGCCCUGUUAAUCUCACUACACAAUCAUUUGCGGAAAAAUGUAGAGUUAGAACAGACGCAGUGAAGACGGGGGAGGAGCUGCCGUUUGGUUGUAGACAAGACUUUUAUCUGUUGAGGUUAUGAUUUGGCGGUCAGCCUGUAAUAUAAAUGUUAACAAUAAUGUAAAUACGAAUUAAGAUUGUGUUUCAGUGUGAUCACAAGUUACUGAUGUCGUGUGACGUUUUGGGUGCAAGAUCUGUAUAUGAACACCAGUAGCCAGACUAUCUUGAGGCAAUCUGGUGAGGGGAAGAGGCAAUGUUAAUCGAUAAUAAUCUGAUUGUAACAUAGUGUUUUUGGUUUUCCUUUGUAAUUUUACUAAAAUCUACGGAUACUCGUAGAACUCGAUACAUCGUGUAGGUUUAAUGUAGAUGCAUUCGUAAUUUCUUCUGCCGUAUAUUUGAGUAAUUCUAACGCAUUGUUAUUUGAAAUUGAAGCAGACCACCAAUAAAUUCCCUCUCCAGUUUGCAAACAUCUUUAACCUUUAAUCACAACAGAUUUACUCUGCAAUAUUCGUAGUGUUUCUUUCCAGUUGGGUAUUCAUCCACCAAUACAGGCGAUUCACAAUAGUGCACCACCAAGAGUCCACAACACGUUGGCCAAUCAUAACGCUCGAAAU